AUGAAUAUUAUGAUGGAGACAAUACCUGCAACAUCUGUCCUUAUCCUAGGACUCGUACUUUUACUUCCAGUUCUACUCUUUCCCCAGCUGAAGAGAUGGACCCAUAAGUCAUCACCGUCAGCAAGUUUGCUGCCGCACCUACGCCUCUGGAGUAGGCGUCCCAAGCAAUCCAGUGAGAUUAUAUCGCUGCGUAUGUAUCCAAUCAAGUCCUGUCGGGGCUUUGAGGUGCAUCAAACUACCCUCAAAGAGCACGGCCUUGAUCUCGACCGGCGCUGGAUGCUCGUCGACGCCUCAACAAACGAAUUCCUGACCAUCCGCCAAAUCCCAAACAUGACCCGCAUCGGCACAGGGCUCAGCGCAGAUGGCGAGAAUUUAGUCGUGACAAUUCCAAGUUCAGCUUCAUCAACUCCAGCAUCGACGCAUCAACCUGAUACAGCUUCUGAUACUACCAAAACAAUCCGCAUUCCAGCCCACCCCACCCAAGAAUGGCUACAGAAACACACUACCAUUGCCCCCGUCAAAAUCUGGGACAAUGACACAGAUGGCUAUAUCUACAAUGACGAGAUCAAUGCUCCCUUCUCAGCAUUCAUGGGCCGCCCAGUUGCACUAGUUUAUAAAGGCCCAACACCCCGCGUUCUGAAAGGCAACGGCGCGCCCAAACUACUGGGCCGUGUACAGACAACCGGCUUCCCCGAUGUCUUCCCCAUCCUCAUCGCAUCAGAGGCCUCUCUCGCUGAAUUGAACACGCGUCUCACUCUCAAGGGCGUGGAUCCCAUUACCGUCGAACGGUUCCGACCGAAUAUCGUUGUCCGGGGAGAAACAGCGUGGAGCGAAGAUUCCUGGAAACUGGUUCGGAUCAGAGCUGGAAAUGGCCCUAAUUCCGACAAGAAGGUAACGCAGGCCCCCCUGGUUCUUGAUAUCGUGGCGCGUUGCGCGAGAUGUCAGGUCCCGAAUGUGGAUCCUGAAUCAGCGAAUAAGCAUAAAAAGCAACCGUGGGAUACUCUUGUCUCGUACCGCCGGGUCGAUGAAGGAAUUAAGUACAAGCCUUGUUUCGGAAUGCUGAGUGCACCGAGGAAUGAGGGUGCUAUUGAGGUUGGGAUGAUGUUGGAGGUCUUGGAGGAGACGACUGAGCAUCGUUAUAUCACUGGGUUCUAA